UAUAAGCGCCACCGGCUGCCCCGGUAAGAAAUAUCCGGUCCAUUCCCCUCACCGCAGAGAAUCCAAUUCCUUCCUUAUUGUCCUCUCGGUUUCCACAGAAUCCCAUCCCUUGCCCUCUUCCAACCCCACCAAUCCACUUCUAAAGCAUGCCGCUAACAGCAUGGUUCAGCAAUAUGGGCAGUUUGGUCAGCUCCUCUUCUAAACGGAGCGGUGGCGGAGAAAAGCCUGCCAAAGCGGCUUCAGAACCGUCGUUCGGCGGCCGCGGCGGCGGUGGUGGUGGCGAGAAGCCUGCCAAGACGGCUGCUGAACCGUCGGUUAAGAGUACUGUCAGAAGAAGCAUCGGCGGCGGUGGCGAAAAGCCUGGCAAAAUGGCUGCACAACCGUCGGUUAAAAAUAUGGGCGGCGGCGGCGGUGGCGGUGGCGGUGGCCGUGGCCGUGGAAAGGGAUCGAGGUUGUCUGAGAAGAAGGCUUCUUUCCGGCAGAAGUACGGUUUCAUAGCAGAUAAUUUCUCUUCCAUUGACCAGGUUACAGAAGCCUUGAGAAAAGAAGGAUUAGAAUCGUCAAACCUUAUAGUCGGAAUUGAUUUCACCAAAAGCAACGAGUGGACAGGUAAAGUCUCGUUCAAUAAUCGGAGCCUACACUCGGUCUCUGAUUCUCCUAAUCCCUAUGAGAAGGCUCUAUCGAUCAUCGGGAGAACUCUGGCUCCUUUCGACGACGACGGCCUGAUUCCUUGCUUCGGUUUCGGCGACGCGACGACACACGAUCAAGAGGUGUUCAGUUUUCACAACGAUAAUUCCCCGUGCCAUGGAUUUGAAGAAGUUCUGGACUGCUACAAAAGGAUAAUUCCGAACGUGCAACUUUCAGGGCCAACAUCUUACGCCUCCGUGGUUGAAGCAGCAAUGAACAUUGUGGAGAAGAGUAAUGGCCAAUUUCACAUUCUUCUCAUCGUUGCAGAUGGACAGGUUACUCGAGGCUCGAGUGUUGGCGAUGCAGAGUUGAGUGUUCAAGAGGAGAAAACAAUCAAAGCAAUUGUAGAUGCAAGUGCAUAUCCUCUUUCGAUUAUUCUUGUUGGAGUCGGAGACGGGCCUUGGGACGACAUGAAGAAGUUCGACGACAAGAUUCCAGCACGAGAUUUUGAUAAUUUUCAGUUCGUUAACUUCACCGAGAUCAUGUCCAGAAACGUUGCGACGCCUGAAAAAGAAGCAGCUUUUGCUCUAGCUGCACUGAUGGAGGUUCCUUUACAAUAUAAAGCCGUCAAAGAAAUGGAUCUUCUAGGACACGUGACAGGAAAAGCGAAAUUAGUUCGUCCACGACCCCCACCGACACGUUAUACUCGUCCUGCACAACUUACUCCCAAACCCAGCAACACCGUCUCCGCUUCUGCAUCUGAUGAUCGGAGCCAGGUAUACCCCAGUGUGGAACUUAACUUAUGGAACAUUGCUUUUGCUUGCAUAUUGGCUCUGUAUAAUUUAAGGCUUUCACUCAUAAUACUCGUUCUUCCAAACUGUAGAUGGAUUAAGUAUAGAAUAAUAACAUUCUUUCCAACUCAUAUGCAGGUCUGCCCCAUUUGCUUGACCGAGGGAAAGGAUUUGGCCUUUGGAUGCGGCCACAUGACCUGUAGAGACUGCGGAUCAAGAUUAUCCAAUUGCCAUAUAUGUCGCCAGCCUAUCAGAAAUCGCAUAAGGCUGUACACCGGGUGAUCAUGGACUGCACCAAAGGCAACAUGAGAUACGAUGUGCUUGAGGUCAACGACAACAGAUGGAUAUGACAUCCAGGAACAAGGAUUACGACGCGAUUAGGAAUGUAUGUUACAGAUAGCUCGAAAAUCUUCUAAUAUUUAGUCUAGGAAUGUUCUACUUUCGGGUGUUGGAAGAAUGUGGAUGGGGCACUCCGAUGAACAAACAAUGUGCCCUUAUGCAUAUGAGAUAUAAACAAGAUUUCAUAUGCAUAAUUUUGCAUGUAAGAUCUGGACCGAAUGUGAAGUUUAGUGAAUCAUUAGUCAAAUUUUAUGAAAUUGCCAUUAGCUUGA